GACUGCAUGUGUGCUGACUCGACUCUGUUCAGAUCAAGUCGGUCAACCCUCGCGUCAGUAAACCGGAAGUUUACGUGUGUAGUCAAAUGAAAAAAAAAAAAAAAAAACGCCGUCACGAGAGGAGUCAGCCGGUGGUUGAGGUAAAGCCAGCUGGACCGAAAGAAAGUGAGGCAGCGCAAAGGAGAAACAAGACUCGCGUAUUUCCACACAUGUCGCCUCCGUUGGCGACAGACCGUCGGUACCGUUGCUGUCACACUUUCGCCGCAGCCUGCUAAUAUAUUAGCUGCCGCUGGCGACGGAGGGAAAGCAAAUGGAGCUGCCGUGAGCCACAGCCAGAGGCGGAGGUGCGACCAGCUGUGGAGCCGACACAGAUACAUUAUGUGCGGUGAAUGUGACUUCGCGAGGAUGAAGGGAGGCUCCAGUGGCGGCUAAUGUUAGCCAUAUAAGCAGCUAGCAGCCGGUCGGUGCUGCUGUUUCGUCCAAGUCUUACGCCUCUCUUAGAUAAACGCUGCACCGCGCGACUGAGCCGAACGACUCAGAGGAUGACGACCGAAGGAUAGCAAUUAAAACUUCCAUACCUGCAUCCCAAUGUGACCCCACUUCCCCCCAUCCCUUUUCUUCAAGACCACUCAGAACUCUUUUAACCCCCCCCUAUUCCCUUUCGAACCUGUGAGAGUGCUCGCCUAACCUGAUGGUCUCACAUCCCCGGGGAUUGAAUUGAGUAUGCUGCUUCAACGUCAUUUGUGUCAUGCGAAUUCAUUUUUAAGUAAACAGUCCUCCUGACAUUUUCUUUGGCCCAGAGAGAGAGAGGAUGCUUCUCAAAUGAGAAAUGCUUAUAAUGUAACUGUAGUCCACCCUCCUACCUACCCGAGAGUACCUUCUCUGUUUCCAUCACUGGUUCUUCAACAGCCAAAACUCGAAUCCUUUCCCGGGGUUUAAGGGCCAUGGUGCGUAAGAAAGGUUCUCUUAUACUAUGCGGUGCUUUUUUGUUUGUCGCCUGGAACGCUUUGCUUCUGCUGUAUCUAUGGGGCCGCCCUCCUAUUGGCCGCCCCGGAGAAGGGGGAGGAGCCGAACCAGGUGGAAAUGAGGAGUGGGGCAUGGGCCAAGGUAAAGGAGGCCACGUCAACCUGGCGGGCGAGGUGAUCCGACUUGCAGAGGAGGUCGAGAUUCAACUGGAGACCCAGAAAAAGCUGCUGAAGCAGAUAGAAAAUCACAGGGCGCUGUGGGCGCGGCAGAAGGAUGUCGGCAAGCGACAGGCGGACGGUACCAAGCAAGUUAAACACGAGGUCGUUCACAAGCCUUCAAGGCCUCCUCUUCCUCCCAAAGGAGCUGAUGCCGUGCUCCCACCUGACGUGCAUCUCACACAGAAGCCUUUUCAAACGGUAGCGCCCGAUUCCAAGCCAGAACAGCAGCAGGUUGACGAAGCAAAGGCCGAGGGAGAGAAGAGCGAUUCGCCGACCUCGUCUGCCAGCCCGGAGGUCGUCAUUCCCAUUCUUGUCAUCGCCUGUGACAGGGUGACAGUGAAGCGAAGUUUGGACAAACUCAUACAGUAUCGCCCCUCCCCAGAACAGUACCCAAUCAUUGUCAGCCAGGACUGUGGCCACGCCGAGACCGCCCGCGUCAUUGGCUCAUACGGCGAUCGAGUGACGCACAUAAGCCAGCCGGACCUGUCCGACAUCAGAGUCCGACCAGAACACAGGAAGUUUCAGGGCUACUACAAAAUUUCCAGACAUUACCGCUGGGCUCUUAACCAAGUGUUUAACACUUUUUCCCAGUCUACUGUGGUCAUAGUGGAGGAUGACCUGGAGGUCGCGCCCGACUUCUUUGAGUACUUCAGAGCUCUGUACCCAAUCUUGCGCUCUGACCCCACCUUGUGGUGCGUUUCUGCGUGGAACGACAACGGCAGAGACGCCUCGGUGGACGCGUCCAAGGCCGAACUUCUUCACAGGACGGACUUCUUUCCCGGGCUUGGCUGGAUGCUGCUCAAAGAGCAGUGGGCCGAGCUGGAGCCCAAAUGGCCCUCGGCCUUCUGGGACGACUGGAUGCGUCAACCCGAGCAGCGCAAAGAGCGCUCCUGCAUCCGCCCCGAAAUCUCACGGACUAUCACGUUCGGCCGCAAAGGCGUGAGUUUAGGUCAAUUUUUCGACCAGUACCUUCGUUACAUCAAACUAAACACUCAAUUCGUGCCUUUUACCAAACACAACUUGUCGCAUUUGCUAAAAGAGAAGUAUGACCCGCAGUUCGUCAAAGAGGUUUACGGCGCACCACUUGUGAAGAUCGAAGAGCUGCAACAGGGCAGCUUGAAAGGUCCCGGACCGUUCAGGGUGCAGUAUUCCAGCCGGGAAAGUUUUAAAGUUUUUGCCCGAAAUCUCGGCGUUAUGGACGACUUGAAAUCCGGCGUUCCUCGAACAGGUUAUAGGGGCGUGGUGAGCUUCCUGUACAGAGGCAGGAGAGUGUUCCUGGCUCCACCGGAGGGUUGGGUGCAGUACGACGUCAGCUGGAGCUGAGAGACCGAUCGCAGGACAGUACGAUGUGAACGUGGUUGAAGAAGAAGAGAGAGCACCUCGGUCAGAGGGAACUCUCUCAGACCAAAGAAUAUCAGCAGACGCUGCGUGUUAUAAAGUAGACUGAGGCGGCGCGGACGGACGCUGCGCACGAGCACCACCCGCACCAUCAAAUUGUCACCCUGGUCCACGUGGUAGGAAGGCUGCCCAAAAAUUGGGGGUGCUCAUUCGGGUCCAGGGCCAGAGGAUGUAGGAAGUUCAUGGAGGACGAAACCCUUCAGAUACAGUUUCAAAAGAGCUAUUGGCAACGUGCCUUGCUUCAUGGGCCCCGAAUGUUUGAGUGUUUUUUUUUUUGUUUGUUUGUUUUUUUGUUGUUGCUGUGAAUAUAAGCCAAAUGUAAACCUAACAUGAAACCACAAAACAAGGGUUAGGAGCAGAGAAUUUAAUUUGAAUUGUCAAUAGGAAGAGGUGUUCUCUCAGUGUCGGCGAUGGAACUACAUAACAAAAAAAAAAAAAACCUGCACACUUGAGGUGAAUCGUAAACAACUCAUGUCAAGAACCAUUGAUGUCAUGUUGAAAUUUGACCCAAGUGUUGUUAAAGUUCGAGUCUAAUGAGUAGCAGAGCUGUGCGCAAACAAAAAAACAAAACAAAAAAAAAACCCCACAGGGCCUCAGGUGGUAAACAAAGGCAACAUCAAGCGCUCGACUCGCUUGUUACGUAAGUCUGCAGCCCGGAUGGUUGUCGUUAAAGCAGGAAGGCUGUUUCAUUCAUGAUGCAGAGCAAAGGAAUCCCAGCUAAGGCGCAGACGCUAACUUCUUAAAGUGGCCCCGAUUACACAAGCACCAAACCGGUUUUUAAUCGAAUGUUUUCUUUUGCUUGAUUUGGAAACCCGCCUGGUGUAGAUCACAGCCGUGUGUGCAGAGUAAAAUCUCAAUCGUGAUCAAUCGUCAAUUCACGAUUUCUUUUAUCGUUUUUUUUUUUUAAAUCCAUUUGUUUCUGCGGAUCGGCGAGAUGCCUUUGGUAAGUUGUUUUUCGAUAUCUGACGUCGUUCCGUGUCCACUGUACGUCGUCGUCCGAGCACAGCGCAAUACGAUUUUUACGAGAACCACAC